GCUCCGGGUGGAAAAAAAUAACAUUCUAUUCUAACCUAUUUUCAGCGUUUUUGUUAUUGGAGAAUCGUCCAAACCCUAGAAUAGUAUUUAGAGUUUCAGUCGCUGAGUAAAACUCUGGUUAUUUUGAGUUUUGGAGAAUGCAAUAAUGAGUUCAAAGCUUUUGGUAGCAGGGGGGAUAGCAGAGAGGCGUGUGCGGCCUCUCUGGGAUGCCAUUGAUACUCGACAGUACAAAAACGCGCUCAAGCUUGCCAAUACAUUGUUAGCAAAACAUCCAGAUUCUCCUUACAUCUUGGCUCUUAAGGCUUUGGUUUUAGAGAGGAUGGGAAAGCUAGAGGAAUCGUUGCCUCUCUGCUUAAAUGCUAAGGAUGCCGGUCCUGUUGAUGACCUUACUCUCAGUACGCUGCAGAUAGUAUUUCAACGGCUCGAUUGUUUGGAUCUUGCAACCUCUUGCUACGAGCAUGCCUGUGCAAAGUUGCCAAACAACUUAGAUUUAAUGAUGGGUCUCUUCAAUUGUUAUGUACGUGAAUAUUCAUAUGUAAAGCAACAACAGACAGCUAUGAAAAUGUACAAGCUUGUUGGUGAGGAGAGAUUCCUACUGUGGGCUGUAUGCAGUAUUCAGCUGCAGGUGUCUUGUGGGAAUGGAGGUGAAAAGUUGUUGUCAUUAGCAGAAGCUUUACUUAAAAAGCGCAUUGAAUCUCAUGGUUUACUUGAAUUGGAAGCCUUGCGCGUAUAUAUUUCUGUGCUGGAACAACUAGGUAAGUUUGAAGUGGCUUUGGAUGUGCUUGCGGGAAAGCUAGGCGAUCUCUUUAAGAUUGAAAAUGAUAAAUUAAGGAUCCAGGGGAAGCUGCUAAUUUGUGGACAUGAAUAUGCUGCUGCAGAAAAAAUCCUGAGGAACAUCUUGGAAACUUGCACGGAUGAUUGGGAAGUAUUUCUACAGUACCUGGACUGCUCUCUAGGAGAUGACUCAGUGAAGAAGAGGUUAAUAAGUGCUCAAAACCAUCAUCAAUCUGACACGGCGCCAAAUUCUUCCCACUUGACAAGCCUAACAGAGGAAGAGUUUGAUAAACGUAUAUCAGAUGUACACUCGUUUAUUGAAAAGCUUCAACAAAUGGAUGGGCAUGAAUUUAGAAGGGGACCCUUUUUGGCAAAUCUUGAGAUAGAGAAACGCCGAACAAUAUUUGGGAAGGCAAAUGCUGUAGAGUUUAUGCAGGCAUUUUUGGAAUACUACAAAAGAUUUGGAUAUUUGGCUAGCUUCAAAUCUGAUGUGGAAGAGUUCUUACAAUUUUUUCAUCCAUCCGAAAGGCCAAAACUUCUUAAAAUGCUUCACGAGUCUUGCUCUCAGCUAUCCUCAGAUGGUGCAGUUCGACAACUGGGACGAGCUAUUGCAGUUUAUCAAGUUGAAGAGUAUUUAGAUAUGACAUUUACUGCAUCCAAUGAUGAUUGUGUAGUGCAGGCUGUGACCUUAACUAGACUUUAUUUGGAUAACUUAAACCUGUCAAAAGACCUUGAUCCUCAAGAGAGUAUGCAUGGUGAAGAGUUGUUGACAAUGGUGUGUAAUAUUUUAAUGCAGUUGUUUUGGCGUACUCAACAUCCUGGUUAUUUGUUGGAGGCAAUUAUGAUAUUAGAGUUUGGCCUGUCAAUCAGAAGACAUAUUUCACAAUACAGGAUUAUGCUUGUUCAUAUGUACACAUAUUGGGCUGCUACUCACUCAGCAUUUGAAUGGUAUAAAAGUAUGGAAAUAAAAAACAUUCUGCUGGAGUCAAUGACACAUCAUAUAUUUCCUCAAUUGCUGAGCUCUCCCCUCUGGUCUGAAUCAUAUGAAUUAAUGAAGGAAUAUCUUAAGUUCCAUGAAGAUUACUUGAAAGAAGCAGCAGAUCAUACAUUUCUGGUCUAUCGUCAUAUCAAUUACUCUAAGGUUCUUGAGUUUGUGAAAUUCCGUGAGCGAAUGCAGAAUUCAUAUAACUAUUUGCUUGUGAGAAUAGAACAAACAAUCUUACAGCUGAAAGAGAAAGCAGAUAAGUUUAAAGAAGUAGAGAAUAUCUUGAUGAAAUUGAAUUCGGGAAUGGAAGUGCUUCAGUGGUCUGAAGAAAAAUGCCUUGAUUCUCUUUCGUUUAAUGGAGACUGGAAAACACGUCCUUGGUGGUCACCAGCUCCAGAUGAAUGUUAUCUUUCAGGUCCUUUUGAAGGGGAAGCCAGUCAUCAGAAAAAUGACUUGGAGUAUCAAUGUCUAAGGGAAAAGCAAAUGCGGAUAUUUGUUAAAAGAAGAUGUCUUUUGCCUCGUCUCAUAUGCUUGUCAAUUCGGUGUGUGGGCUUCCUCAUGGACUCAGAUGCAGGAAAAGCCUCUGAUAUGCAUGGAAGUUGUGCUGAAUUUCAGCAGCUUCUUGUACAAUAUUCGUCAUCACUUGGGUUUUCUUUUGAUGAGGCAUUAGGAAUCCUUAGCAGUAUACAAUCUGGGCAGAAAUCGUUCAAGGAAUUGAAGCUGGACUUGGUGGAUUGGAUAACCUUUGCAGUCUUUUAUAAUGCCUGGAAACUAUCUGCUGAAGGAACUGGGUUUGCAAGCAAGGAAAAGUUAUCAUUUGAUUCCUCACUUAGCAUUGACAGACUAAUGGAACUAUCUGUUAAGGAGUUAAUUGCAUGUUCUGCUGCACCUCAACUUUACACAUCUGACUGUUCCUUAAAGUUCAUACCUGCAGGGUCUCUCAUGCCAACAAUGACACAUCUUGUAACAGAAUCAUUUGCCUGGCAUGGCCUUAUCUUACAAUCUUGUGUCCGAUAUUUACUUCCAUUAGGAAAGAAGAAAAAGAAAAGUGGGGCACUUGGCAGCCAUAUUGAUGGAUCAUCUUCAUUAAUUGUUGAAGUGAUACAAUGUUCCAUAGCCUCAUUUACAUCAACUAUCCAAAGUGUUAAAUCUUGGUUGGGAGGAUAUCUAGAUAAUUCCAAGGAUCAGGAGCUGGACUUGUUUCUUGCACUUCUGGAGGGAAGGGGAGAGACUGAUGAAAGUUCUUCAGGAAAAAUCACUGCAAGACCAGGUUGUGUGCUUAAGAUUUUAGAAUCGAGUUUGGAUAUGGUUUCCGAAUUAGGUCCCAGGAUAGGUCAAGCAGUGCAGACAUGGGAUGCAGCUACAGUUCCUAGGAAGAUUAUAAAUAGCCAUCACAGAUUCGCAUUACUUUUACAUGAUAUCUGUGAGUCUAAAUUGAAAACCUUAAAAGCAAUGAAAUUGUCAGUGUAAACAUAUGUAUGAUUGAAGAAUCUUCCCAGGUUUUGUUGGCUGCUGCUCCUGAAUUUAUUCCAGUACAAUUGAGAUUUUUGAAGAUUCUAUUCUAGUCUAAUCAUAUACGAUUAAACAAUCUUCACAGAUUUUGUUGGCCUCACCUACUCAAAUUAUUCCAAGACAGCACAAGAUUUUGAAGAUUCUUUUCUUUUUCGAUUUCAAAAUUAUUUAGCCUGCCACAUUUUUGAGAACCUUUCAGAAAGUUGUAAAUGCUCAACAGCCCACUUUUUUAUUUGGUUAAUUUUUUAUUUCUA